CCUCCUACUGGCAGAAAAACACCUCCAAGCGGGCAGCUGGGCCAGGCCCCGCCCUCCAAGCUGUUUUCCUAAGAGAGCCUUCCUGAGCAGGCUAUUUUUGGUCCUCGUGACAGUGAUUGAUAGCUGGUGGGAAGGUAUAAAAGCAGCUGCCUGCCGAAGAUCUUCAGACAGCUCAGGGAAGAGUCUGGCACGGUUUUCUCUGAGACUCAGUGCACCGUCCUCCUCCCAGCGACCCCACCCUGGACCCCCUGCCGGACCCUCCACCCUUUGGCCUCCAAGCUUCCCAGGGGCUUCCUUUGGACUGGACUGUCCCUGCUCAUCCAUUCUCCUGCCACCCCCAGACCUUCUCAGCUCCAGGUUGCCGCCUCCUCUCGCCAGGGUGAUGAGGUCCCGGCUUCUGCUGUCCGUGGCCCAUCUGCCCACAAUUCGGGAGACCACGGAGGAGAUGCUGCUUGGGGGUCCUGGGCAGGAGCCCCCGCCCUCUCCUAGCCUGGAUGACUACGUGAGAUCCAUAUCUCGACUGGCACAACCCACCUCUGUGCUGAACAAGGCCACGGCCCAGGGCCAACCCAGGCCACCCCACAGGCCAGCCCAGGCCUCCCGGAAGGGCCGCCCUGCUGUGUCCCUGCGGGACAUCACCGCACGUUUCAGUGGCCAGCAGCCCACACUGCCCACGGCUGAUGCUGUGGACCCCCUGGACUGGCUUUUUGGGGAGUCCCAGGAAAAGCAGCCAAGCCAGAGGGACCUGCCGAGGAGGACUGGCCCCUCUGCUGGCCUCUGGGGUCCGCACAGACAGAUGGACAGCAGCAAGGCCAGGGGGGCCCCCAGAGGGAGGCUCUGUGAAGCCAGGAUGCCUGGGCACUCCCUAGCAAGACCAUUGCGGGAUGGGCAGCAGAGCUCUGACCUAAGAAGCUGGACUUUGGGGCAGCCUGCCCAAGCCAUGGCCUCCCCCCGCAGCCCCCGCCCCAGCAGUGUCCUCAGAACUCUCUACUCGCACCUCCCGGUGAUCCAUGAACUCUGACCCCUGCCCAAUAAAGGCUUCUGUAAAGAGCUCGGUGGGUCUACAUCUCCCGUCUUCCCCCAUGGUGUGGUCACUGUCCCUGGCAGGUCUCUGGAACACAAAUGCUUUUCUGCAGAGGCCCCUGCUGGGGCAGUUCACAGUGAGACCAACCCCCUCUGAAUAUAACAGCCUGUCUCACAUGAGGAGAUGUUACCGA